AUGGGUGACAUCCGUAACGACCUGUACCUCACCUUGGAAAGAGGAGACUUUGAGAGGGGAGGGAAGAGUGUCCAGAAGAACAUUGAGGUCUCCGUCUACGUGCUCUUCGCAGACGGAGAAAUACUCAAAGACUGUAUCAGCCUGGGCAGUGGUGAGCCCCACAUCAGUGAACAUCGCUCAUUUGUCCUCUACCACAACAACAGCCCCCGCUGGAGCGAAGUGGUUAAACUACCCAUCCCCAUAGACCGCUUCAGAGGGUCACACCUACGCUUCGAGUUCAGACACUGCUCCACCAAAGACAAGGGGGAGAAGAAGCUGUUUGGUUUUUCCUUCACACCACUGAUGAGAGAGGACGGGACAACGCUGUCAGACGAGAGUCACGAGCUCUUUGUGUACAAGUGUGAUGAGAAUGCUACGUUCAGUAACCACGCGUUGUACCUGGGUCUGCCCUGCUGUAAGGAGGACUUCAACGGCUGUCCCAACAUUCCCUCCAGCCUCAUCUUCCAACGCAGCACCAAGGAGACCCUCUGGAUCUCCACACAGCUCUCCUCCACCAAGCUCACACAGAAUGUGGACCUGCUUGCGUUGUUGAAGUGGAAGGCCCACCCAGACAGAGUGAUGGACAUCCUGGGGAGACUACGUCACGUCAGUGGAGAGGAGAUCGUCAAGUUUCUUCAAGACAUCUUGGACACGCUGUUUUCCAUCCUGGAUGACAACACUGACAAGUACGGUCCCCUGGUGUUCCAGUCACUGGUGUUCAUCAUUAAUCUGCUGAGGGACAGUAAGUACUAUCACUUCUGCCCCGUCAUGGACACUUACAUCCAGAAGCACUUUGCUGGAGCGCUGGCGUACAAAGAGUUGAUCCGCUGUCUGAAGUGGUACAUGGACCGUUCUGCAGAGGUGGUGAGACAGAACCACAUCCAGGAGGCCAUGAGGGCUCUGGAAUACCUGUUGAAGUUCAUUAUCCAGUCUCGAAUCCUGUACUCCCGUGCUACCUGUGGUAUGGAGGAAGAACAGUUCAGAGCCAGCAUCCAGGAGCUCUUCCUGUCCAUCCGCUUUGUCCUCAGUCUGGACAGCCGCGGCUCUGAGACGCUCGUUUUCACACAGGUCAGUGACCUAAACACACCCCAGAGGUCUAAACAUUCUGACACACAGCAGAGUUUGGGAGACCUACACUGACCCCACCCCCAGUUUAAUAAUAUAAUGGUAAUAGUAAUAGCCAGUAGCCUUAAGCAUGGCUAAAUGUUGUUUAGGUGCUAACCAUUGUAAUGUUCAGCGCUCUUCUUCUAGCCCCCCGCAG